AAUGCUUGCGCCAUGAUUGGAACCGAACCACGAGGUUUGGCGCAGCUCGCUUGGAUUGCGAAUAGCGGUAUUGGCGCGUGGUCGAGGUGUAUAGGCCGAUUAGGGGAUAAGUGUUUGUGGUAUUGGGUUAAUGCAUAAGUAUUCUGCAUAAUUGUGUUAUUGAGCAAUGUCUCCAUCGAGUCAAAAUGAUCCAAACGUGUUGCCAUCACGAGAAAACUCAGUGUUCAAGAAGAUAGUGAAAUGCUAUGAACACAAACAGUACAAAAAUGGACUGAAAUUUGCCAAGCAGAUAUUGGCAGCUCACCCAGACCAUGGCGAGACACUCUCCAUGAAAGGCCUGAUCUUGAACUGCCUAGGCAAGAAGGAGGAGGCCUACGACUACGUGCGCAAAGGGCUGCGCAACAACCUAAAGUCGCACGUGUGUUGGCACGUGUACGGUAUCCUUCAGAGGUCCGAUAAAAAGUACGACGAGGCCAUCAAAUGCUAUCGGAACGCGCUGAAAUGGGACAAGGACAACAUCCAGAUCCUGAGGGAUCUGUCACAGCUCCAAAUCCAGAUGCGAGAUCUGGAAGGAUAUCGGGAAACACGCUACCAGCUGUUUGUGCUCCGUCCAACGCAGCGGGUCUCGUGGAUCGGGUACGCGCUGUCACAGCACCUGGCCAAGGACCACGAUAUGGCGCUCAGCAUCCUGGAGACGUUCCGCGAGACGCUCACCAAGGACUCUGCUGAUUACGAGCAGAGCGAACUGAUGCUCUACCAGGCCAUGGUGAUCAGGGAGGCGGGCCGGCUGCGCGAGGCGCUCGAACACCUGGACAAGUACGAGGCACAGAUCUGUGACAAGGUCACCGUCCAGGAGAUGAGAGCCGAGAUUCUGCUGGAGCUGGACCGCGGCUCAGAGUCGGCGGCCAUCUACCGCGCCCUGCUCAAACGGAACCCCGAGAGUCGUCGGCACUUCGCCGCUCUGGAGCGUGCUCUGGCGCCGGCGACAGAGGAGGAACGGCUCGCCAUCUACCAGGAGUACCAGCAGCUCUUCCCGCGGGCACACGCGCCCAAAAAACUGCAGCUCUACAUAGUGCGAGGGGAGAAGUUUGUGGCGCUGGCGGACGAGUUUUUGCGGCAGGGCCUGCGGAAGGGCGCGCCGCCGCUCUUCACCGACAUGUCCUCGCUGUACCACGACGCUGAGUGGAUCGGCGUCAUCGAGAGCCUGGUGCUCGGCUUCGAGCGCUCCCUCGCCGAGACGGGCUACUUCAGCGCGGCAGAUGCGGAGGCCAGCAACCCCAAAGAGGCUCCAUCGUGUUUAGUAUGGACGUAUUACUACUUAGCACAACAUUUUGACUUUAAACGUGAUAUCGAACGGGCACUGGGAUAUAUAGACAAGGCAUUAGAACACACCCCCACGCUUAUUGAACUUUUCGUCUUCAAGGCCAAGAUUUUCAAGCACGCCGGUAACGCGAUGGAGGCUUCCAAGUGGAUGGACGAGGCGCAAGGCAUGGACACGGCGGACCGCUACAUCAACUCAAAGGCGGCCAAGUACAUGCUGCGCGCCAACAUGCUCUCAGAAGCCGAGGAGCUGUGCUCAAAGUUCACACGGGAGGGUGUGCAAGCGACCGAGGACCUGAACAACAUGCAGUGCAUGUGGUACCUGACAGAGACGGCCCGAGCCUACCAGCGGCUCGGGCGCUGGGGCGACGCCCUGAAAAAGUGCCAUGAAGUCGACCGGCAUUUCUCGGAUAUUAUCGAGGACCAGUUCGACUUCAACACCUACUGCCUUCGACGGAUGACAAUCCGGUCCUACGUGGGUUUGCUCAGGCUGGAGGACAUUCUCCGUCGCCAUCCGUUUUACUACAAGGCGGCGCAGUGUGCCAUCGAGGUGUACCUGUUGCUACACGACAAGCCGCCCGUGCUCGACAGCGAGGAACAAACGCUCAACACAGAGAACCUGUCGCCAGAGGAGCUGAAGAAGCUGCGCUCCCAGCAGCGGAAGGCGCGCAAGAAGGAGCGUCAGGAGCAGGAGCGGAAGGCGCAGGAGCUGCUGAAGAAGCAGCAGCAGCAGCAGAACCAGCGGAAGGACGACCAGGAGGAGAGCAAACAUGACGAGCUGCAGCCCGACAAACUGGUCCAGACGCAACAGCCGCUGGAGGAGGCUGCGAAGCUGCUGCAGCCACUGCUGCAGCUGGCGCAGAACAACAUCGAGACCCACCUCAUGGCGUUCGAGAUCUACUACCGGAAGGGCCGGAUUCUUCUGAUGCUGCGCGCCCUGAAGCGGGCGCUGGCGCUGGCACCGGACAGCGCUCGGCUGGCCGCUCAGCUGGUACGCUUCCGUCGGCUGCUCGACGAGCGGCAGGCGCAGCUCAGUGAGCCGGUGCGCGCCGUGCUGGCCGAGGCGGCGCCGGCCCUGUUCGGUGACCUGUCGGCCCAGCAGCUGGCGGACCGCACAGUGGCUCAGCAGCCUGACUCGCUGGAGCACGUCCUGCAGGGUGCGCGGAUGAUGUUCUUCCUGGACAAGAGCCGCGACGCCGAGGCCGUGAAGCUGGUCUCCGACCUGGCUGCCUUCCCCAGCUGCACUUGGCAGACGUGCCGUGACGUGCUGACGGCGAUGCUGGACGGCGAGCUGGGGCCGGCCGGCGAGGCGGCCGCCGCCGCCUUCCGCGCCGCCUGUGCCGUCCGCUUUCCGUACUGUGCCGUGCUGGGAGGAGCGCUGCCGCGCGCCGAGCCGACCGCAGAGAACAACGGCCCGCUGACGGCCAAACAGGCAGGCUCCGAGCACAAGUGACACGAACACACGGCCGACGGGCGCCUGGCGCCGGACCUGUAGUGGGCGUCUGGGCCGCGGCGCGGCGCCACCUGUCCGUCCGCGGCCCGACGGCGGCGUUCGGAAAUUUUGUACAGUUUGUAUCAUACUAUCGCUGGGUUUUGAAAGCUAGUCUAUGACGUUGAUUGGCAGCGGCGCAGGGCCUGUGAUGUUCCGGUGGCAGAUGUGCGCACGCGCGCCGCACUGCGGGCCGGCAAACAGCGCUGGCCACCAUAAUUUUACCUCUGCAAUUGUCUGGAUCAUCGACUACCGAUCGCCCUCCUCAGUUACUGCUCGUACCGGCCAGCUGGCAGACGGACUACGUCUGGCGAGUUCACUUUGUUUCUCUUGAGUGACCUUUGUAGCAAUAAUUAUUUGAGUUGGCAGUUGCAGAAUGUACUGGCACCAAUCGCCUGUGGACAUGGCCGGUCCUCAAUUGAAUACACUUUUAUAAGCCACGCGGCGUGCUGUUGCUGAUGGAACUUACGAAGCGCUUCGGGCCCCGCCAAGCUCGCCUUCAAUACAUUUAAAAUUGUGCUGCUCUAUGCCAGUUUCCUGCUUGCUAUGCUUUCGCUGGAAGUAAUUUCGCCAACAAGGGAUUUAAAAACCCGCGACAAAAUUCCGUUUUGUUGAACAGUUAGUAGGUUGUCCUGUGGUCAUACUCCUAGCCUGGACCUUGUAGUGGUGUUGUUGACCUACAGAAAACCCGCAACGGUGAUUUGCCCUAGGAAUGGUCACUUUUGUACCAUCGGUGAGUUGUGCGUGUUUUGUGAUGAAUCAGGUUAAUACACAAUGAACGAACGCU